UCCCCUCGACGCCCCGAUGCCGACUGGACGCGUCGGUAUCAAUUUCGAAAAUAAACAUUCCUUUUUCGAACGCGUUUAAAAAAUUAUUUGCAUGGCCAGUAUUUUUGGUGUGUUUUGAGUAAUGGCGGUUAUGUUGAUGUUGUUUUAUUGAAUCUGUGGUGUUGUGUGGUGGUAUGGUAGUGACAGGUGAUUGGCUAUGGCCGAGGACGUCAAAUGCGGGGGAGGCACGGUGGGCGUACUGCCGCCCGUGCGUCGCGCGCGGCCUCCACGCCUUGCGGACAUACCCAGACACUCAGCAGUGGACGUGUCUAACGGUGGCAACAGAGAACAUGAGAGGACCAGGUGGCAGACUCCAGACGGAGACAGGCUGUCUACAUACCCAGCGACGGGCGACCGGUCAACGUUGUUGCGGUCGCACGCCGCCAAGUCGGCGGAGUGCAGCGGGCAGGGCUCCCCGCGGCCGCGGCGCGCGCCGCGCGAGUCGCGCCGCGUGUCGCUGGCGCAGGCCCCGGGCUACGUGCAGCUCAACCAGUACAGGCUGCUGGAGCCUAUUGGGCAGGGCUCGUACGGGAUCGUCAAGUUAGCCUACAAUGAAGAGGACGACACGCAUUAUGCGAUGAAGAUCCUGUCAAAACGCAAGCUGAUGCGGCGAGCUGGUCUGUUCGGCAGGGCUCCCCCCCGGAGACCAGGUCCUGGCCCGCCCCCCAGUCCGCUGCAGAGGGUCUACCGGGAGAUCGCUGUGCUCAAGAAAUUAGACCACCCUAAUGUUGUCAAACUUGUGGAGGUGCUAGACGACCCGGCAGAGGACCACCUGUACCUGGUGUUCCAGCUGCUGGAGGGAGGGCCGGUCAUCGACAUCCCCACCGAGAACCCUCUCAGUGAGGAGCUCUCCCGGAGGUACAUCAGGGACGCCUUGCUGGGAGUCGAGUACUUACACUACCAGAGGAUAGCGCACCGGGACAUCAAGCCAGCCAACCUGCUGCUGGGCGAGGGUCGCGUGCAGGUGGCGGACCUGGGCGCCUGUGGGGAGCUGGCCGCCGCGGGCCGCGUGUCCGGGACUGUCGGGACCCCGGCCUUCCGGGCCCCUGAGGCCGCGGCGCCCGCUGAUAAGUAUAGUGGAGAGGCAGCAGAUAUCUGGUCACUAGGAGUCACCCUCUACGCGAUGGUGACGGGCAAAGUGCCCUGGGUCGGCAGCUCGGCUGUGGAGCUGCAACGGAAGGUGUUGGCCGAGCCUCUCACGUACCCCCCCAACUUCCAGCCUUCGAAGCAACUCCGACAUCUCCUUAGUAGGAUGCUGGAUAAAGACCCGGCGACGAGAGCUACGCUACAGGAGGUUAAGGACCACGAGUGGAUAACAGACGGAGGCAAGGAUCCUCUACCCUCAGAGCAGGAGAACUGCAGGCUGGUGGAAGUGACGGAGGAGGACAUGGCACAAGUGGUCACCUCCAUCCCCAACCUUUCUACCCUCAUACUCAUCAAGACUAUGCUGAAGAAACAUAGCUUCCAAAACCCGUUCCUCCGCAGUAGAGAAGGCAGCACGUCACGUAGGGAGUCCACCAGCUCUCGAGGGGAGAGCUCUGAGAAGUCCACCGCAGCCGCCAAGAGGGGGGGACUGGCGAGAGCUGGCAGGUCGCUGUCUGCUCCCGGGAACUACCUGACAGAAAGCAGGCAAUCUUCGUUUGACAUUGGGCUGGAGUCAGUCCAAGAGUCUCGUGACCAGAGCCUAGACGUGGCAGCCAAGGAGAAGAGCCCGCAGGAGAAAGACAAGGAGGAGCCGAGCGCACGGUGAUACUCCACUCGCGCGGCGCGUGCGCACGCCGCCGCCGACCAAUGGUUCGUGCGCGUUCGAAUCACGAUCGAAUUCGAGUAGCCAAUUGGAUGCCGGUGAUACAAUGUUGCCACCACACAAAAUGUGCUGGCUACAUUUAAUUCGUAAAUAAAAAAUGCAUUGAAUUGAUAUUUUUUUACUAAUUUUAAAUAUAAUCUUGUCGUCAAAAUCUGGGGUAUUUAGGCUGCUACGUGAUUAAUGUUCUAAUGAGAACUAGAGUGAAGUGUAACGAGUAAUGAGAGCUCCAGAUAUGAUGGACGCUGAUUUUGAUGAAAGCUUAUUAAUGAUAACUUAAAAUUUUCACUUAAAAUUACUAAUUCAUUCAUCUGCUAGUCCUAUUCACUUAAUAUUGUAAAUAUUUUAAAAUAACAUUUGUCCUCUUUGACUUGAAAAGCACUUUAAUAUUUUUAAUAACAUAAUUAGGUGUACUUACCUAUUUAGCGAGGCCGCCGCGACGAGCGACGAUACGUCAUUGUCUUCUUUGGUAAUAACAAGAUCCAUCAAAAAGUAAUUCUUCGCCCGUGAUGAUGUGACGGAGGCGAACUCAAGCAAACAUGUGAAAAAAUAUCUGUUCCACCAAGAUUCAGUGUUGCCAGGUGUAAUAUAGCGCGGCUCGCGAGGCGGCCUCGUUGCGAGCAACAUUUUACAAAGCCCGUUUAUAUUGUAAAUAUUUUAGCAUAUUUUUAAUAUUAAUUCAUAAAAAUUGCUCAAUGCUUGUUUGAUAUCAUUGUACAUAGUAUAAGCUUCUAAGGUUAAAUAACAGUUUUAUAAAAAUACAAAAUACAAUGGAGUCGUUCAUGUUGAUAUUUCGCUUCGUCUGUCAAACGGUAACGAAAUUCUGUUUGUGGGUAAAUAAAAAUUGUGGGAAACAUUUUAAACAACAAAAUGUACGGCUGUGAAUAUUUUAGUAUCGGCAGUGAUUGCGGACAAUACGGUGUACGUGCCUUUGUGGGAGAUUCCAACGUCCGCAGUGGGUACAUGUUCUUUCGUGUGAUGGAAAUGCUAUCGUACCACCACGACCAUGGUCGUGGGCCAAUUUAACUCAGUGAGACGUGUUUCCCAAAGGACAAUCAACAUUUUCAAAUCGAAAAACUUAACAACACCAAAUACUGAGAACCUUGUAUUAGGCUCUACAUGACAACUGAGAGAAACUUUACUAAAACACAUAAAUCAACGCGAAACAUUAAUUAAUGUUACACCACAAUAAUAAUUACAAAAGUUCAUUAAAGUAUCUAGUGGGUGGCCGUUACCGACCACACAGGCACCCGGUCACGAAACUAUUUUGUAUUUUUAUAAAAUAAUAUUUUUUAAUUACGAAUAAAAUAUUGUUAGGGCUAGGGGUCACUGGACAACAUUUAUUGAAAGAGACAGUGGUUAUGUCACCUUUAUGUCAUUUGCUUUGCAAAUACUCGAACACGGGUCGUUACGUGCCUUUUUCAAUUUAUUUUGUUCGUUCAAAACCAAUUUUCGUUUUUAGAUUCGUAUUUGUUUUGCGAACAUCCUGUAUAUACCGGAAUGUGGCUUUGCUCUCUAGUCAUUGGUUUGCGGUGAAACACCCUAUAAAUCACUGAUAUUACGCUCUCGGAAGCCGGAUGCGGAUACGGCUCGGAAUUACACAUCGAGUGUACCUACCUGACUAAAUGCGGUUAGGGUUUCAUGUGGCUCCGUUGUCAAACCAUUUUGUAAUUAAAUAAAGCAAAACAAAGAGUUUAAAAAAACAAAUAAGCAUUUACCUACACCGAUUAUUCCCCCAGUGAGCUUUUUAUUAGCAAACACUUAAGUUUCAACAUCAUCAUCAUCAGCCUAUUCUCGUCCACUGCUGGACAUAGGCCUCUCCAAUGGCACGCCACUUAAGUUAAAGUUAAGUUUAAGUAUUACUUAAAAUGAAAAAGUGAGAUUAUAAUCUGUCCAGACCCCUAGGCCCCUUGCGCCCUGACUACAGGUUCGAGCGAGUAUUUAGCGAGCAGCUACGAUAAGAGAUUGACCAAUUUUCACUGUCAAAUUAAUUUCAAUUAUAUUGACCAUCUAUUGUGUCGUGAACGCGUUUAUACUCUGUGCAUUGUGUUGACAGCUCUGACGUUAACGUCAAGCGGAAAUUAUGGCGCGAAAUUCGAGCAAAAUGGCGGAAGUUAUUGGCAAAUUCCACCUGAUUUCGAUUGUGGAUAUAAUUUCCAAGAAAACCGCCAUGUUUUUUGGGCAGUUACCGUUUUAUGUGAUGCAGAAAAUUAGUACCUAUGGUAUAUAUUUUAUUUUUAUCAAUGCACAGCUUAUAAACAGAAUCAUAGAUAAGGUGCAUGUUAGUGUACAGGGUCCCGAUUACCGAAGUACUUACAAUUUUUGUGUAAAAUAAGUGAAUGAAAAUGUUUUUAUUAAAUAUUUGAAUUAACAAGUCCAAGCUUAGAUAUUAGGUGAAGAGAUUUUAUUGUCCACUGUUUCGCUGCGAUGUUCUCUGACGAAUACUUCACACACAUUGAACAAAAUACUUAGUACUAUUUUAUAUUAUGUAGAUCAAAUCUUGAAAAUAACUAUCUUAAUAAUGAUAAAAUGAAAUAUUAUGCACAUUUAUUUGAAUUCUUAACUGCCGAAAGAAAACUGUUGAAGGCAAAUCCUCCGCUAACCGACGUUAAUAAAAACAACACCAUAUAUUUUUAUACAUAAUUUCUUAAUUUUCUUACAAAUGACACCCAUGUCUGGCUAUUGACAUUGUCUAGAAAAGAUCUCUAAGAAUUUUCUAGUACUUAAUUAUUUUCUCUUGUCCUAAAACAAUCCAGUUUUCAAAACAACUUACCGUUAAUUGGUUCAUUGAAUUAACUUAAUCAAUAGACAGCCAUUAAACCAUAAUAAUGUGAAACUAAAGAAAAUUCAUUAUUAACUAUAUUCCCAAACGCUAUACAAUAAGCUUCAAAGAAAUUAAUUUUGUAAUUUGACGUAUGGAAAACUCAUGUUUAAUCGGUUGAAAAAUCAUAAAAGAAGGAACAAAAAUUUUACCUCAACGAAAUUCUUCUAGAAACCGACCAGUUUGUACACUCGACUUACUUGCGGAUAUUAAUCGAAAAAACAUUGUAAUAAUAUGGGGACUCAAGAUACGUCUCAAAUGAAAUAUAUAUCAGUAGGCUGCGCGACUCAAAACUAGUAGAGCUAUUCUCCAUUAAUGUAUGUGAGUAAACCGUGAUUUUUAGUUACAAAAAAAUAUUACAAAAUCGUCAGCAAGGAAGUUAAGAACUUACCACCGUACUCAGCGUCAUUUAAUGGCUACUUAACCCAGUCUAAAGUGCUUAGAAAUAGUUUAAGUAAUCAUUAAAUAUCUCUGACUCCGGCUGUAGCUAAUCUAUUUGUGUCGAUUCCAAGUGACAUGACAUCCACUAAUCGACCUUUCAACAUUAGAUAUAUUUUACAUUUUCAAUAGCGUUUAAUUUGAAUGCCAUCAAUAUAAUAGAGAGCUGUUUUGAGAUCAAAGACAUAGCCUACAUAGCGGGCGUCGAUAUUGAAGUAACCCGGUACGGUAUCUGAGUUCCUAUCCGUAAGUAGUUGAGUAUGCAAAGUGGUCGGUUUAAGGUCGCCCAGAGGUCGGAGAACAGCCCCUUAUCCUUUGCAAGCCAAGGUCCAAACUUUAUGCCUUUGAAUGUUGUGAUAGUUUAGAACGAACGUAUGCUUAUACUAAUUCUAAAUAGUACUAAAAUUAAAUUUUAAAACAUUUAUUAUUAUCUCACAGAUUUGAAAAUAAAUAUUAAAAUUAUACUUAUUAUUAAAUAAUGAAUAUUAUUAUCUAAAUAAUAAGGAACGACGAAAUUUUUAAUAAAUAAAUAAAUAAAUACUUAAAAUAAUAUUGCAAAUGUUUUUUGUGUUAAGAUUUGUUUUUAUUUUUGUUUUAUGUAGGUAAACCAAUUUAGGUAAACUUUUGAAAUUGAUUACAAGCUGAAUUACCUAAUAAAGAAUGUAAUAUCACACAGAAUUUAAUGUAGAACGGUGUCAGCAUUAGCAUACUUACUGGUAAAGAAGAAAAAAUACAGAAAGCUAAUAUAAUGCAAAUAUUAUGAGUACCUACUUACGGCGCGAGAUCAUUUUCUUAUGAAACUCGCGCCGUCUCGAAUAUUAUGAAUGUGUAAGGAAGGAACUACAUAAUUACAUUCUUGAAGCCAAACACAACACACUUAAAUGAAAUAAGAAAGUGAAUUUAACAUCAAAUUGCACUGACAUCGUUCGACAUUACCAAUUACCUAUCCCUUUAAAAUUAAUAGUUAUUAAUAAUAAUACCUAAGUCGCACAACACACACACAAACAGAAUUAUUAUAAUGAUUAUUGUUUUAACAGAAUGUUAUCUAUUAUUAUAUUGUUUUAUUGAAUUUGAAUAUUUAACGAUUUAAUAAAACACUUUCGAAAUAUUGA